AUGCUCGUGCGAUCUAGUUUUCAGAUUCAACGCAUUGCAGCUCGGUCUUUUGCCACUGCUGCGAAUACGGCUACUCGCAUCCAACUUUCUCAACCUAGACAGCCGACUGUUGUGAAACCAACUAGAGAUCAACUUUCACUCCUUGAUGAGAGAAACCUCGAACGUGCAGUCCGAGCGAUCCAUGAAGAUGGCCUCGUCGUUGUGGAAAAUGUCAUCUCUCACGACGUCAUUGACCGCCUGAAUGAGAAGAUGAUUCAAGACGCUCUGGUGCUUCAGGCUCGUGGCAAAGAUGGGCCAUUUAAUUACAAUCAAGGAAACCUUCAGCAAGACCCUCCGCCUGUCGCGGAGCAUUUUCAUCCAUCUAUAUUUCUUAAUCCCAUUGCGACACAAAUCACAUCAGCCAUUCUCGGCCCCAAGCCAAAAUGGACCUUUUGCUCGGCCAACGCAGCCAUGCCUCCGCUGCCCGGCGCAGAACCGCAGCGGCAGCCCGUGCACUCGGAUGCUGAUUUCGCUCAUCCGUCACACCCAUUUGCCCUCGUGGUCAACGUUCCCCUCGUCACCAUGAGGCCAGAGAACGGCUCUACCGAGGUAUGGCUCGGCACUCACACUGGUAACAUUACUCAACAGGAGGGGUCACAUGGAGAUCGAGCGAGUGGUCGCAUCAAGGAGGAGCUCCUCAAGAAACAGACAGAGAGAGAUCCUCCUACACAGCCCAUCAUUCCCAAGGGCUCUAUCAUAGUUCGGGACCUUCGUCUUUGGCACGCCGGGAUGCCGAACAAGACUGACCAGGUCAGGAUUAUGCUCGCAAUGAUUCAUUUUGCAUCUUGGUAUCGGAACCCGAUGAGACUCGAGUUUUCUGACGAUAUCAAGCCAAUCAUUGAGAAUUUGGAUUGUCAGGGAAAGCUCGAGGUCCAGGUCCCGAUAGAAUGGGCGACGCGCAAGCGAGCAUUGCAAAGUUAUCUUGACAGGGGCUUUGGUAAUAGCUAUGACUUCAAUCAAGCCUUAUAG